AUGGCUCGUCGAGUGCGCGGUGUGUCAGCGCUGGUGGUGGCAGCGUUGGUCUUGGUUGCUGCACGUCAGUGUAUUGACUUGUGCUUCGUGACGCCGGGUGCAGGGUCAUCCACCAGGCGUGGUGUGGCCACCACUGUGGCAACUGGCUUGGCGAGCCUGAUUGGUCUGGAGUCGGCCAAGGCCUAUGACCUCCCUGACCUUCCCUAUGCUUAUGAUGCACUGGAGCCAUCGAUCGACAAGGCCACCAUGGAGUUCCAUCACGACAAGCAUCAUCUCACCUAUGUGACCAACAUCAAUAAGGCUCUUAAGGACAAGAAGCAGCCUCCUCUUGUUGAGCUACAGAAGACGGCCAUCAAGGACGGUGCUGCAUUUCGCAACAGUGGCGGUGGCGCCUACAAUCACAACUUCUUCUGGUUGGAGAUGGCUCCCACUGGCACUGGGGGUGCACCUUCCGAGAAGCUUUCUUCAGCCAUAGAUGCGUCCUUUGGAUCCAUGGAUGAUUUCAAGGCCAAGUUCGAAGCCGCUGGCGCUCCUGGUGCUCGCUUCGGUUCGGGCUGGGUGUGGCUGGUGGUUACAGCUGACAAGAAGCUGGCCAUUACCUCCACGCCCAACCAGGACAACCCACUGAUGGAAGGUGUCGAGGGCACUCCCGGCAUUCCCAUUCUUGGCUGUGACGUCUGGGAGCAUGCAUACUACCUGAAGUACCAAUACCGUCGCCCGGAUUACAUCAAGGCGUGGUGGAACGUCGUGAACUGGAAGCAGGUGAGUGCCUGGUACGACGGUGCCAUGGGCGGCAGAUUAGAAAGCUUGUGCCAGCAAGAGCUUUGCAAAGAUUUGAUGGCCAAGGCAGGUAAAGCAAAGCCGAAGACGCCCACACCUCCAGUGGAGCGGCAACAAGUCCCCGUUCGCGACAUCGAGGUUCGGCGAUGCUUUGCAGUAGAUAAGGCAAGCUUGGGCAUGAAUCAGCAGUCCGUCCGGGAGCCAGUUCAGGAGGCAGUUCAUAUAGAGAAUGGCAUUCCCCUCAUCGCAAGCUUUUCCUUCAUGGCGCAAUGUGAAAAUCCGUGUGUCUUCAUCGUCGGCUUGGUGGCGAGCUUCCUGCCACUCUCGGCUUGGUUCUUCUUCCCGAUCUUGACCUUCCCAUGGUCUGUUGGGGAAAUGGACCGUCCGGGCACACCGAAUGGCACACACGGACACGGCCUUGAAGCUCCGCAGAGAGGGGGAUGGGCCCCGAAGUUGCAGGGGCCGGGGUCGCCGGGGUGGCCGCGGUCGGAGUCAGAGCCUCGCUUGCCUACUGUGCCGCCCCAGGUGGCCGAGAGCACAUCUCUCAUAGGAUCGCACCCUACAGUGGACAUUGUGGAAACUCGUCCGUUGCCGCCGUGCUUUGUUUAUAAUGCACGGCCCUGCCACAAUGGCGAGGGUAUUGGAGGCAUGUUCCGUCGUAUGGAAUGGAUACUUGUGCUUUCCUCGAAGUACAGCUGCAAGUACGUCUGCAGCACUGGUGAUUGGGAGACUGGUGGCCAUUCUACAGGCAACGUUGGAGCUUUGUUUGGAUGCACGAAGGAUCGUGUGAAGGGCAACGCGUCUCUAAUAGCUUCCAGAUCUAUCUUGAACGAAGCACGACUGGUUACAGCAUCGUUGCAGUCAGACAAGUCGAGCAAACACGUGGUUCGGGUGAAAAACGGGCAGGCUUUGUUUCGUGGAACCGCACAUCAGCUGAGUCCUAGGCCCGACCCGAAGCGAACGAAGCCAGUCGUGUACAAACUGACCUGCCCGGAACUUCAAACUGUAACGCACGAGGUGUCAUGGCAGUGGUUGCAGGCCCAGUACAAUGCGAUUCGGCUCCAAGAGGGUCGACCGUCUGAGUGGGAAUCCGCAGCUUUCCGAAUCGCUUUGCAGCUUCGCCGGGGCGACCGACCCGACUCUUGUCCACUCUUUCUGUAUUUGAAUGCCCUGCGCUAUCUUUUUGCUGCAGUGCCGGAAAUGCUUCCACAGAACACAGAAAUCGUAGUCGUGGGCGAGUUGAAUCCCGGAAGCAGGGAGUUUGCGUGCCUCUCGGAGUUUCCAAAACUGAAGUUUCUUGCCGGGCGUGCAUUAUCAGGAAGCGGAAGCAGUGGGUACACGAGAUUACGGCGUGACUUGGACACGAUUGCUUCCUCGAACGUGUUAAUCAUUGGAGGGGGAGGAAGCUUUCCGUCCUUCGCGGCAACCCUUCAGGCUGCUGGUGGGAUUGUCCUGCAUUCCCGAACCAAAGACAGCGGCGUGGAUGGAUUGCCUUAUGCACAUGAAUUGGACACGUCUGGGCGGUUCAAAUGUAGGCAGUCUUUUGACUCCUUUACAGCCUCCGUCCUGCACGGCGGGCACUCUGGCCCAAAGUCUGAUGGCCGGGUGCCUGGACAGUCUGAGAUGAGUCGUUUUGCUGAAAAGGCCGUGGAGGUCUACAGCUCCUGGUUCAAGACUGACAAACCCUGCGAGAGCAAGACGCCACGAGAUGGCUUCAACAAAAAGAAAUGUUUCGGUCCAAAUUUUACAGUUCCCUCGCUUCAGCCCUGCGCAUCAGCUGUGACGAUUUCAGUCCCAAGUUCACACUCCCAAGCAGGCAGCGCUGCCACUUCAACGACUGCAUUUGAGGGAGAUUUGUAUCCUUUGGAGAAGAAGUAUGUGGCCUGCACCGGGGCGUGCAAGCAGACGAGGUGCCUGGCGACUUCCAAAGAUCCCGAAAACCGCUGCGGUGUGAAGCCAAAGUGCUGCGGCCCACCGGGGGCGGGAGCAGACGGCGUCCUUUUGCCGCACGAUCGCGUUGCCUUCGUCGUGUUGCGCUGUCACAGCAACAUCAACCAUGACUUUCAUCAAAACUUCUGGCCGCUAUAUUGGUGGAUGACACUCUAUGGAAGCUCUGACACGGCGCUCUUGGUGGAUAGAAGAUGCAGCAACACAUCCUACUGGGUAGACGACCUUUUCUGGAAUGUAGCACAUGCACACAACUGGCGGGUCUACAACUACACGACUGAUGUCCGCUACUGUGCACGGAAGCAGCUGCACAUACUGCGUUCAGUGGGGCCUUGCUGUGACUACAGCCUAAAACCCAAGAACCUGUUGCACUAUGCGAAGGGUAGGAUUUGGAGGUCUGUUCUUGGGCGUGAACAGCUGUCUUUACAGGACCACUCCCGAGUUCUAAUCUACACGCGUGGCAAGUCUUCCUGGCGGCGGAUUGUGGAGCCGGAGCGGCUGAAACCCUUGUUUCAUCCCCGGCUGGACAUUUCGAUAGCGGACGACCCCCCAGCAACCUUGCUUGAGCAGGCACGUUUCUUCUCAUCAUUCGGAGCUGUCCUAGCUCCCAAUGGUGGCUGGAGCCCGAAUGUAUUGUUCAUGGCAUCGGACUCUUGCCUCAUCGAACUGCAUUUGUACAGGAGAGACAGCUGGGUUGUUGACUUUGGACUUGGCCGGGAGAUUGGGGAAGUUCUGCUCAUCAUAGGAGACUACCAUGAUCCCAAGAAACCGCGGAUCAAGCGGCCAGCUCGAGUUGGAGGUGAUGAUGACUUCCUGGUCACCGGAGGGAAAGACAACCUGUUCAACGACAUUUCGCGACAGAUGGUGAUCAUUCGGCACGCUGUGCCAGAGGGGCCCUUGGCCAAUGAGGAGGUGCUCCUGACCGUGAAGAGCAACGCGACCAUGAAGAGCAUCAAGGAGGCCAGA